UGGAGUUUGUUUGGAGCAACAACAAACUACGAAUCAUGGCAAUGUCUUCCUCGAUGCCUCUUCUCCUUCCCCCAUCUCCACUGCCUACACUCUUCAUCAUACUCGUCCUACCUCUCUCUUUACUGCUGCUUCGUCUGGCACUCCAAAGAAACCUGCGUGCAAGGACCCAUGACAUGCCCCCUUCCCCGCCCAAGCUUCCCUUCGUAGGCAACUUCCAUCAACUCGGCUCGCUCCCUCACCGCUCCCUCCACGCCCUGUCGCAGAAGCAUGGCCCCCUCAUGCUGCUGCGCUUGGGUCAGGUGCCAACCCUCGUGGUCUCGUCGCCGGAUGGCGCCCGAGAUGUCAUGCGCAACCACGAUCAAGUCUUUGCCAGCCGGCCUGCUCUAAAGCCGGCCAAAGUCCUCUUCGACGGGACGACGGACUUGGCGUUAGCGCCCUACGGUGACUCCUGGAGGCAGCUUAGGAAGAUCUGCGCCUUCCACCUCUUGAGCUCCAUAAGAGUUCAGUCUUAUCGACUCAUUAGGCAGGAGGAAGUGGGUUUCAUGAUCCGUAAGAUCUCCUCUCAAGCUUCGCCGACGACGAGCGUCGACAUGUCUGAGAUCUUUUACUCCUUCGCCAACGAUAUGUUAUGUCGAGUUGUUUCGGGGAAGUUCAACAGAGAAGACGGGAGGAACGUGCUGUUAGGCGAGCUUAUCCGGGAGUUUUCGGUGCUACUGGGCAAGUUCUACGUGGGGGACUACUUCCCAUGGCUGGGUUGGCUGGAUGUAUUGUUUGGCUCUAUGGAGAGAGUCAACAAGUCCAAGAAGAGAUGGGAUGAUUUGCUUGAUGGGGUGAUCCAAGAACACGAAGAUCGAUCAGCAGCUGAAGGUGAUGAUGGCGAGAAGGACUUCGUGGAUGUUCUGCUCUCUCUUCGGGAGGAUCCAGGAGGGAAUCAUGCUCUCCUGACUCCACAAACCAUAAAGGCACUUCUGAUGGAUAUAUUCAGUGGUGGUACCGAGACAUCGUACGUAACCUUGGAGUGCGCCAUGGCGGAGCUCGUCCGGAGUCCAAGAGUGAUGGCAAAAUUACAACACCAAGUGCGAGGGAUAGCGAGCAGAACAAAAGGAACGGUGAAAGAGGAGGAUUUGGACGAGAUGGCCUACCUGAAAGCCAUCAUCAAGGAAGUAUUACGUCUGUACCCGCCGGCCCCG